AUGUCUGGGGUGGGCGCUGCCCUUGUAAAAAAGCUCCCCAUCUUGAGGGAGUCAAGGGCACGGAACGCGGCCGUGUCAAUCUUUUGCGUUUUGGCCAUUAUCGUCGUUCGUUUCUUGUACCGCUAUGUUCACCCAUUACCGAAGGGCACGAAGCGAAUCAGCAGUAGAAGCAGCCGCAGCCCCAAAAAGAAGAAGCACAACAGCAGAGACGAUAGUGACAGAAGUAGCGGUGAAGGCGACCGAUCGACGAAGCAGCGAAAAACAGACUCCUUGCUGCCUACGGUGCUCAUGCUAAUAGGGAUCCACGGCAGUGGCAAGAGUUUCUGGGCGAAACGGUACACCGAAAUUGUCCACAAGUCGUACAUCAUUGUCUCCUCGGAUGCCAUCCGUAGCCGUCUUACGGGCACCAUCGACAACUUUACGAGAGAGGACGAAGUCGAAGAGAAGCUACUCGAGGAGGUGACGCGCACGCUGGAGCUGCGGCGUAGCUGUAUCGUGGACGACUGCCAGCACAAUCUAUCACCGGAAUUUCGGACAAAGCUGAAGGCUUUGGCAGUAAAUGGAAAGGCGAACCGCGUGGUGAAGAUCUUCUCUGUGAAACCCUCGUACGCCAUGAUGCGUAUACAGAGCGAUGUCGAGGAGGGAAUAGUGCGCUACAUCCCUACCAUGGUGGAGAUUGAGAAGCAAGUCGAGCGUGUGGCAGAGUUCGAAAAAACGUACAAGGAUGACGGCUGGGUGAAAAACUGA